UCUCGUCAGUUUUUUGGAAAAUGGCGGAGGGAAAGUCACGUCGCGUCGCGCAGACCGAGGAUUUAUCAAACGUCGAGUUUGAAACUAGUGAGGAUGUCGAAGUUAUUCCCACUUUUGAUAAUAUGGGACUCAGGGAUGAGCUUCUCCGAGGGAUUUACGCUUAUGGUUUCGAGAAGCCCUCGGCCAUUCAACAACGUUCCAUCAAGCCCAUAAUGAAGGGCAGAGACGUGAUCGCCCAGGCACAGUCAGGAACAGGAAAAACCGCAACCUUCUCCAUUUCCAUUCUCCAAUCUCUGGACACACAAGUCCGAGAGACGCAGGUUCUGGUGCUGUCACCCACGCGGGAGUUGGCAGUGCAAAUUCAGAAGGUCAUCCUUGCUCUUGGAGACUUCAUGAACGUGCAGUGCCAUGCCUGCAUUGGAGGGACUAAUCUGGGAGAGGACAUCAGGAAACUCGAUUAUGGACAACAUGUCGUCUCAGGGACACCUGGCAGAGUCUUCGACAUGAUCAAAAGACGAGUUCUCCGCACAAGAGCGAUAAAAAUGCUGGUUCUCGACGAGUCAGACGAGAUGUUGAAUAAAGGAUUCAAGGAACAGAUCUACGACGUCUACCGUUAUCUCCCACCAGCGACUCAAGUGGUCCUGGUAUCGGCCACACUUCCCCACGAGAUCCUCGAGAUGACGAGUAAAUUCAUGACUGAUCCCAUAAGAAUUCUCGUCAAGCGUGAUGAGUUGACACUCGAGGGUAUCAAACAGUUCUUCGUGGCUGUCGAACGUGAGGAGUGGAAAUUCGACACACUCUGCGAUCUCUAUGAUACGUUGACGAUUACACAGGCAGUUAUCUUCUGCAAUACUAAACGCAAGGUCGAUUGGCUGACGGAGAAGAUGAGAGAGGCCAAUUUCACUGUUUGCUCGAUGCAUGGGGACAUGCCACAGAAGGAGAGAGACAACAUUAUGAAGGAGUUCAGAUCAGGACAGAGUCGAGUUUUAAUUACAACAGACGUAUGGGCACGUGGAAUAGACGUGCAACAAGUCUCCCUCGUGAUAAACUACGAUCUCCCCAACAACAGAGAAUUGUACAUCCACAGAAUAGGCAGAUCGGGUCGAUUCGGACGCAAAGGUGUCUCCAUAAACUUCGUUAAAACCGACGACAUCAGGAUUCUCCGGGACAUCGAGCAGUACUACUCCACUCAGAUCGACGAGAUGCCCAUGAACGUCGCUGAUUUGAUUUAAGUAAAAUAAUCGAGAGCAAAUCUAGUUUAGAGAGAGUUUAAUUAUCAGUCGGGACCUUUUUCUUUUACUUUGUCUAUUACUUUGAUAUACUUUCGUUUCAAGUAUUUAUGACCUUUAAUAUUCUAUGGUAAUUACUAACAGAUCGAAACGUUCGGUAUUCGAUCGAUGGGAAUAAUCUUCAAUUGGGUGUCAGCAAGCAUUUUGUUCAUUUGGAACUAAAGUAUUACGGAAAUAUCUUCGGGAUAAAGAGGUUUAUCAAAUCAUUUUUGCAGAGAUAUUCACAGAAUACACUUUUAGCACAUCCAGAUUUCUUCACUCAAACAAACUUGUAUAACUAAAUUUGUAUUGUAACACUUGUGAAUAUUAAAUACAUUUACUCUAGUAAAUAAUA